UAGAUGUAGAGAGCAAGAGGAGGAAAAGCCACAGAGAGAAAGUGAAAGAAGAGAAGACAGGAUGAGGGGACAGGGGCUGCAUUUUGCUCCACAAUGAUCAUCCUACCAUCAUCACAGCAUCUCGAAAUAGGAUUUUGUCAUUGAAGCUCAUGAAGUGGCCUGAGAUCAUCCAAUUAAACCUUCUGGGUGCCUGAACAAGGGACCCAUCUGCUAGUGGAAUUCUGGCCCAGAAACAAUAGUACCAGUGGAUGCAUUUGGACUCUUUGCUUCAGUAUUGGGAUGCAAGAAAUGUUGAUGGUGAUUCAUUUUAUAUAGAAACUUAGGAGACGGACGCACAGAUGUCAGACUUCUUCACCUCCCCCUCUCCUUCUCCCCCUUCCCUCUUCCACUGCGACUACAGCGACUGGUCUCCCUCCUUCUCCAUCAUCCCGUCCGUCUACCUGCUGGCCUUUUUGGUUGGUUGCCUCGGCAACGGACUGGUGCUGUGGGCCUACCUGGACCGCCCCGAUGGAAGGGGAACCGGAAAGACCUGUUACACCGGCCUGUUCAGAACCAGACAGCAGAGCAUUAGCAGCACUGGUGGACUUCCUCAGAAGAAGGCAGAUGUAUCUUCAUCAGAACAAAGACCUUCCUCUCACUCCUCCACCUCCUCCUCUCAUCCUCCCUACAUCCCCCGUCCUCCCCGCUCGCUCACAGACUCCCUGAUAGCCAGCCUGGCGUUGGCUGACCUCUGCUUCCUGGUCACUCUCCCUCUGUGGGCGGUGUACACAGCCAUGGGCUACCACUGGCCUUUUGGGCAACCCCUCUGCCAAAUCAGCAGCUUCCUCACGGCGCUCAACAUGUACGCCAGCGUGUUCAGCCUGAGCAUGCUCAGUGUGGAGCGGUACUGGGUUCUGACUGGGCGACACCACUCCAGUCACCAUGCCCCACAGAGCUGCCCCAGGAGGACUUUGUGGGUACUUGGAGGGGUGUGGGUGCUGGCAGGGGUGCUAGCACUUCCUGGUUUGCUGCUGCGCUCUGUCAGGGAGGUGGACCCUGAGUCUGAUUAUGAUUAUGAACAAAUUCAUCCCACCGCUGACUCUGGAUCAGUCAUUCUCAUCUGCCAGAUGGAUUACUCCAUGCUGAUUGGAACAGAUCUGGAGGAGGCGGAUAGAGAGAGGGCAGAGGUGUGGUGGGCGGCUGCUUUGAGUCUUAAAUCAACUCUUAUUGGUUUCCUGCUUCCUCUUGUCAUAUUGCUGGUCUGCUACUGCUCAUUGGCCCAGCUCCUCAGCAGACAUUUUGGACGGGGCCCUCGCCCUGACCGCAGGCGUCAGCGAAGACUCCUCAGGGUCAUCAUCACAUUAGUGAUGGCUUUCUUCCUAUGCUGGCUGCCUCUACAUGUUAAUAAGACUGUUUCCAUGCUGCUGGAGUUUGGUUAUGUCCCAUACUCCUGUUCUUUGGAUCAGAUUUUACUGGCUGCUCAGCCAUACGUCACCUGUUUAGCUUAUCUCAACUCCUGCCUAAACCCUCUCCUGUACGCUGCAUGCGACCCCUCGUUCAGGAAGAGGUGCAGGGGAGCUCUUCUCUUGUUGUGCAGGUCAAGCAAGAGGAAAGGAGAGGGAAGGGAUGGAAAGAAGGGUGAAGGAGAGGAAGAGAAAGAGGAAAGGAGUUCAGCUUGCCCCACAAGAACACAGGAGGAAACAGCAGAUAGAACAGAGGCAGGAGAAGAGGAGAGGCUGGGUGGGAUGAUUCCUGAGAUUACUGCUUGAAAUGAAAGAAUCAUAUCUUAAACAUAACAUGAAGUCAAUGUGUUUGUUGACAAUAAAGAAGGGUUGAAUACGAUAUGUUUUUCUACAGUAUCGACAAUUGAC